AAACUCAUCAUUGAUGAGAAGAAAUACUAUCUCUUUGGGAGAAAUCCUGAUCUGUGCGAUUUUACCAUUGACCACCAGUCUUGCUCUCGGGUCCAUGCUGCCUUGGUCUAUCACAAACAUCUCAAGAGGGUUUUCCUCAUAGAUCUAAACAGCACACAUGGCACGUUUUUGGGUCAUAUCCGUUUGGAAGCUCACAAACCCCAACAGAUACCCAUUGACUCUACCGUUUCAUUUGGCGCUUCCACACGGGCUUAUACUCUGCGAGAGAAGCCCCAGACACUGCCCUCAGCAGUGAAAGGAGAUGAAAAGAUGGGUGGCGAAGACGAAGAGCUCAAGGGCUUGCUGGGCCUGCCUGAGGAGGAGACAGAACUUGACAACCUGACAGAGUUUAAUACAGCCCACAACAAACGAAUUUCCACGCUAACCAUUGAGGAAGGGAAUCUGGAUAUUCAGAGACCAAAGAGGAAACGGAAGAACUCGAGAGUCACCUUCAGUGACGAUGAUGAAAUCAUCAAUCCAGAGGACGUGGACCCUUCUGUUGGGCGUUUUAGGAACAUGGUACAGACGGCAGUUGUCCCUGUUAAGAAGAAACGGUUGGAGAAUCCCGGCUCGUUGACCACAGACGAAUCUGCCUCGAGACGUAUGCAACUCAUCGGGGGGCUGCCGAUGCCCUACCCCAACCUCGCCCCAGAUGUGGACUUGACUCCCGUUGUGCCCUCGACGGUGAACAUGAACCCGGCUCCAAAUCCCGCUGUCUUCAAUCCUGAAGCUGUGAACGAACCCAAGAAGAAGAAGUAUGCGAAGGAGGCGUGGCCGGGCAAGAAGCCGACCCCUUCCCUGCUGAUCUGA